AUGCUAACCAAUGACAUGAAAGAGAGAAACACUAACAGCAUCCAAGUGGAUGACUUGGAAAACGAUACUGUUCAUCAACUCCUUCUCUUCUUGUACUCCGAUAAUGUUGACAAUCUCCAGUGGGAAUCUGCUAUUAAAUUGUACUACGCCGCAGAUAAAUAUGAAGUAGAAAAACUAAAAGUGAUAUGCUCUUCUUUCCUUGUUGACAAUUUAAGCACGUCCAAUGCUAGUGAACUUCUACUGUUAGCGGAUACCCACAACGAUUCUAAUCUAAAGAAGGUUCUGGAAGAUUUCAUCUUCGAACACCAGAAAUUGGUUUAUGAAUCAGAAGAGUGGGAAAAUUUAAUUAAAAGAAAUCCUACGUUAGUUAGUAAAACAAUGCUCGAGAUUUUCAAAAGAAAAAUAUAA